AUGCAUGUCGUCGGUGCUGGUGUGCGUCAUGCUUGGCGUCUACAUCCGAGCUGUUGGACGCUGUACUCGACGUCGGUGCUGCUGGACAUCGUGUUUGGCCUGGACACCGAGCUUGGCGUCAUACGAGGCGACAUCCCCAAGUUCAUGCCGCCAUGCCGGGCGUGGUGCACCUGUGCCAGCGAAAUCCUGCCCACCACGCACGCUACGGAGGUUUCUCCGGCUGCCACACCACUAAGCAGUAGGGCGCUGUACUGCGUGAGCUUCGCCAACGACUUGGGUAUCAGGUCUGCGUUUGACCUGCGCAGCAUCUGCCCUUCAACGCUGCUGAAGGUCAUCAUUCUGGGCAGUGUGCACACGGCCAUCAUGGUGGGAGAGGCUGCCACCUUGAAGACGAUGACUGUUGUGCAGGUUGUUUUACAGCAGGCUGCUGACGACUAUGGUGAACGAGUCAACACCGAGACCACCUUCGGAUGA